AUGCCCACCAGCAUCGAUCAGGAGAACUCUGGUACAACAGCUAAUGUCUCAUCAUCUUUAAAGUCUACUGGUUUGGACCCAACGAACCAGCUCCAUGACACCGAAGGGACUAACAGGGACUGCGAUGAUCAGCUGGAUACCCUCAAUGCAUUACUGGAGCGGGAAAAUAGAAUCAAGGAGGGCGCCGAGAGAUUUCUCAAAUUACCUUUGAACGAGACGAUGCGUUUGCAAGUGGAAUCGGAGCUCGAGAUGGCGACAGGCGAAAUCGAGUCUCUGACGAGAAAGAUAGAACUUGAAACAUCCAGAGGCAGGCGUAGGAAGAACGGAGCUCCUGCAAAUCGGCGCAAAUUCGCUGGUCAGGCUCCUUCAGUCGGGGUUCGUUUCAGGGCAGACAGUGAUGACAGGGACAGAGAUGAUUUCAGAACAGCUCUGGCUCAGGCUAAUGCUUGCAUCAAAUCCUUGAAUUCGCUUUCACGUCCAAUAACAUCACCCUCGUCACCGUCAUCCACGAGUAGUAUUUCCCCAGCAGAUAAUGACAGGUCCAGGAUAGAUAUAAUGAACCGCUUUGUCUCCAUUCUACAACGCAAUCUUCGCGUCCGCUACGAAAUCAGUUUACCUGAGGUUGUUCAAGCGAUAAUUCCUGCUCUCUCUGAUCGAUGUUCUAUGCGUUGCAGAGCUGCUGCAUAUCGGCUCGUCAGGCAUGCAUUGGUCGAUUCAGAUUCAGCAGAGGAGCUGCAUAAACAGCCUCUGGAGUGGUUCAUUGUGAAAUCUCUAGCACGCGAUAACAAACAUGCCAUAGAGAGGGAACAAGUCAUUAAACUCAUUCGUACUAUCGUCGACAUCGUUUCCGAACCUGGAGAUCGACGCGGCAUUACCGGAACAAAGACGAUUGCUCUUUCGGAACCUAUUAUGCGAGCAUUUGUAGCAGUUGCUGAGCAUGCUGAAGAUCCGUUUCGUCCCAUAUGCGUACAAACCCUUGCUGAAAUGGCUCUUAUUGACAUUGAUCUCGUGGCGCGAUCUGGAGGCAUUCGAUUCCUUUUGCAUGCCCUAGGUGAAGGUCCAGUCGAAGCCGGGCCAAUAUUAGCAGCCACAUUCUUGCACAUCAUUGACACCCCUCGUACUCGCGCAUACCUACAUCUUGGAACUGACUUGGAGAUUGCUCUCUCUGCCAUCACAGAUGCUUACGGAAAGGGUACAGAUCACGCAGAUCGUAUGCGGAGCUGUACCAAGGUCAUACAAUUGAUGCUACGAACUUGGAGCGGGUUGAUGUAUUUCUGUCUGGGGGAUCAACACGCGAUCAAGUCCAUCGUCAAUACGCUACGAAUACCGUCUCUUGAGACAAGAGAAAUAGUGCUGGAUAUGUUCUUUGAUCUGUUCAAUAUCAAGGCUCCGCAAUGGUAUAAAACGUUCAUAGAUGGUCGACGGCUCACAAUGUACCGGAAACCUCGAGCUUUUGCGGAUCAGCUCUCAGAUCAGAAACUUCCAGAGAAGGCUCCUGAAACACUAAAGCUUACUGAUCAAUAUAUUGCCCUUCUCGUCCUCGUAUUUACGGACGCUGGUCUGAUUGAUGCGCUUACGGCAAUGCUUGAAGAAUGCACUACUGGCUCCAACUUGUCACGCAAGGCAACCCUACUCAUGGCCGAAGUUAUGCAUAUGGCAAAUAGAGUACUUCCCCUAGGUGUCGCUGCCAAGAUACAGGCCGUUCCUCGCGUAUUUAAUCUGGCAGCAGAUUAUAACCGAGGAGAGCACAGGAUAGUCGGGACAUCCGCUCUUUCCGCAAUUGACAGCUUCAAUCGCAACCGCUUGAGACUACAACCUAGCGUUAAGAAUGCACGCCCGAGGGCAAAUUCCGCUGAAGACGCAGUCCGGAGAGGACAGAGACAAGUCGAGCAGGUUAAAAUCAAGAUGGGGAUGCAGAUGGACGAUAAAACUUUCCAGUCAUCGUUGCUCGAGACUCAGGUUAUGUUGACAAAAGAUAGUGCGAAGUGGAACUUUGAGAUGCUUCAAGAGUUGAUCGAAGGGCCACUAUUGAAUCCAAAGCGAUUGGAGGAAGCCAUCAAAGUAGCAAGAUUCAUGCGACGACUACUAUCUUUUUUCCAUCCGUUCACCCAUCGAUUCUCUGACCUUCCAAGGAAACAGCCCAAUGUUCGCUGGGUGCGCUUGGGAUGUUCUCUUCUUACCACGUUACUGGCUAGUCCAGACGGGAUCCGGUUUCUUGCUUCGGAAGAUGAUUUAUUGAAGCAAAUAGUGAAGUGUUUUGCUCAGUUGGACCCUUUCAACGGCACAUCAGAAUCCGACCCUAUGUUUUCCAAGUACAGGCUAUCGGAAACGUUGACUUAUGGCUACUUUGAGAUGCUUGGAACUUUGAGCAAGCAUGCAGAAGGCAUCGAGCUGAUGGAAAAGUUCAAAUUUUUUACUGCUUUCUAUCACCUUAGCGAGCUGCGCGAUCGCGAAGAUUUGAUCACCGCUGUGAUUACGAAUUUGGACUAUACGAUCGAUGGACAUCCUCGUAUCGUGCUCUCGAAAGCUCUCACAUCGAGCGAUAUCCGCACACGCCUUUAUGCGACAAAUCACCUUGGAGAUCUCAUACGAGACUCAAUUACACCAGUCGCAUGGACACUACGUCUUCUUUUGACUCAAAUAUACGAUCAAGCACCAGAGGUUUGUGAAUUGGCGAUCCAAUUCCUUGAAGAAGCCUGUGAUGCUAUGGAAGUACUGCAACUUGUCGUGGAAAUGCAACCAACGAUGGACCAUCUCGGAGAAAUUGGACAUCCGUUACUGCUCAAAUUCAUGUCAACUCCGAUGGGCUUUCGUUACUUGUACAGCGCAGGUUACAUCGACAGGGAGAUGGACAUGUGGUUUCAUGACCGUAACAUCUAUUACGUCGUAGAGGUGGAAAUAUUCCUAUCUAAGGUCUUCAACUCAGAGGCCGCAGAAGAUGAUGAAGAUGUCUUGGCCUUCGACGGGGUUGUUCCACCCCACUUCUAUGGGGAAAUGUCGAAAACUGAGCUUGGCUGUCAAGUUCUUAGCGAAAAGGGUCAUUUCUCUGAGUUCUCUCAUUUCAUAAAGCAGCACGGUCUUGAGAGUGAGGAUCUGGAGUUGAUUCUCAAACUAAAAAGUAUCCUGUGGGCAGUGGGGAAUGUCGGGGCCACUGAGGGCGGCCUCCCGUUCUUGGAAGAGGAAGAAAUUAUUCCCGCUAUAUUAGAGAUCGCUGAACACUCUCUUAUUCCUUCAGUACGAGGGACGUGUUUCUUCGUUCUUGGAUUGAUCUCCUCGACAUCUCAAGGAGCUGAAAUUCUAGACGAUUAUCGGUGGGAGGCGACCUUGUCACCACUUGGGGUGCCGACCGGGUUGUGUAUACCCCUGGAUCUGGAUAAAUUUAUCUCAUUACCCGCGUGGGAUCCUGUUGGUGUAAGGGGGGACGGCGAUUAUCGGCUCAUACCGCCAACAUCCCAUACGGACCUGGAGGUAAUUUCUGCAAUAGAAAACCUAAGCAACACCGUGAUUGCAAACGCUGCAUCAAGAUCACUUGCCAGGAUGAAGUCUCGACCUGAAUACCGAUCAGCAUUCUCAUCACCUUCUGUGUUUUUCCGUGCUUUGCAUGCCAUUUCGACACAACGUUACCGUUUGCCGGUAAGGAGAUAUAUAUUUGAUCUCUUUACUACCGAGCUGGACGGUGAAUUGGUCCUGGAGCUCUCCGCAUGCGCUAAUUCGCUUCGUGCACCGCCGACAUUCAAGCAAUCCGAAGCCCACAUCAAUCGAGUAGUGAGCAUGUUCGGGUUGAAGCAUGCCAGAAGAGCCUCCGAGAGCGAUGAUGAGGAUGAUGAUAUGGAUGAUACUGUCGAUGAAGCAGUGAAUGACAGAAAUCCUGUGAUGAUCAUGCUCCGUCCAGUGAGCAGGAUCAUUGGUUUUGACAAGUGA